AUGGGCAAGGUAUCCUCCCACCCUCGCAUCCCGCCCAACAUAUUCAACCUGCCCAGGGACAUAGCGGCGCACAUCGCCAGCUUCAUCUUGCCGGAUCUCAAGGCUCUUCGCAUCCUUAUCAGCUUGAGCCCGGUCUUUUACCACGAGGUUCUUCCAAGAAUCUAUUCCGUCUCCCUUGUACGACUGACCCCCCUCGGCAUCCGCCGCGACCUUGACGGGUUCGAUACCCCUCCCAAGAUGUCCCCCCAAGCCUGA